UUUACAACGGAUUAUCAAAAACUAGAACGUCUCAGGCGGGAUUGACGAGCACGAUGGAGAUGCUAGACAUGCAAAUUGAGGGGAUUAGUAAGAUGAGCGAUAAGGUGGUCGACGGGGUGGCCGAAACGGUCAACUUUCCAAGGCACAUCGAGGGAAUGAUCGAAGUUGGAAAGGUUCUCAGUCACGCAGCGAUCGCUGUGCUCACCGGAAACAUCACGCUGUUGGUGGAUGACAUCGUCUCGUUUGCGUACGCCGCAAAGCAUUGCAAGGCCGAGUGUAAGCGCCUAAGUGAGCAGGCCAAAAUUGCCCGUGACAGCGCCAAGGAUUUACUCAAAAAAUUGACCGAGGCACCUAAGGAAAUCGAGGACAAGAAUUUCGCGUCGGCGUUGAAGGCGUUCUCAAUAGUAUUGGAGGAUGCACGUGCUGUCGUGAAGCAACACGCGGAAGCCAAAUAUGGUCUAAAGAUUUUCUAUGCCAGGAAAUUUGCAGCCGAAUUUCAGGACAUCGAAGAGCGGUUGGACCAAGCAUGCCAUCGGCUAAACUUUGCGAUUAGCAUCAGACACUUUGUAGAUAAUCAAGAAUAUGAGGAGACGCAUAGGACAUGGCAUGAGGAGGACAGGAUUGCUUUCGCAAAGUUGAACACCAUGGUGAAAGAGUCGUUGGAGGAGAUCCGAAGGUACAAAAUACCAACAGACGUUCCUUCACAACUGGUGUUGGUUGGCACCAAGAUUCCUGCAGUCGAGCUGCUGAACUUGCAACCAUUUAAAACUGAUCGGUUGUUCACAGCCACCUAUCACACGACCGAUUUCGACAAAAAACCAAAGGACGCCAAGGUAGUGAUCAAGGUCACGAUGGCCAGGGAAAAAAUGUCGGAUGAGAAGUCCAAAUUCGCGUUAGAGGUGGCGUACCUGCAGAAAUUGGCAUCUUGCCCGAAUAUCAUUAAUCUCAUCGGGAUCACCUCGCUGGGGGACAAUUUAUCCCUAAUACUUGAAUACUGCGAGAAUGGAGAUUUGCGGUCCUUUAUCGCCAGCGAGGCAUUGAAAGAUGAUUGGGGUAAGAAGCGCAGCAUCUCUUUGGGCAUAGCACGAGGUAUCUUGCACAAAUACAUCAACAGCACCAAUAUUUUGUUAGACGCACACUUUCAGGCCAAGAUCACAAACUUCCGCAAAGCGCGAUGGGCCAAGGUUGAUAGCGUGAUGCUGAUAGAGACGUUCGAAGAGCAAAUCCGGUGGGACGCACCGGAACGACUGGGUGACCAGAAGGCAACAUUCACCGAAAAGUGUGACGUAUACUCGUAUGGUGUGGUAUUCUAUGAAAUUGUAUCCGAGGAAUUCCCGUGGCAGGGAUUGCAAUUGGAUGCUGUUUAUAAAUAUCGAGAGGAAGGAAGAGAGUUGACACUUCCAUCUAAUACACCGUCCGCCAUUUCGGCCAUCUACACCCAUUGCACCAUGACAUCACCAGACGAUCGAUUCACCACCAGCGAAAUUAUCGAACACCUAGAAGCUAUUAGACCAGAAGAGUUGGAAAUCACCUUGCCGAUGACCGCACGUUAUCUGCCAAUCUCUGAUGAGGAAGAUGAGUCAUCACAAGAGAUAACGAAGGUCGCCGACUCAUCACAAGAGAUAACGAAGGUCGCCGACUCAUCACAAGAGAUAAUGAAGAUCGCCGAGGAUUAUCACCAGAAACGGGAUUACGUUAGUGCAUUCGAAAAAUUUGAACAGGUUCAAAAUGAUAUCCCGCGUGCACUAUUUCGAUUGGGCGAAUACUAUUACUACGGAAGGGGAGUGGAUGUGGAUGUUCAGAAGGCGGUACAAUAUUUUGAGCGAGCGGUAGAGGGAGGUGACGGUGAUGCGAUUGAUAUGAUGGGGUAUUUACACCUGAAGGGCAACGAGGUCUUGCCCAAGGAUCGAACGAAGGCGGUGAAACUAUUCAUAUCAGCAGUGGAGAAGGGGACACCAUACGGAAUGUACCAUUUGGGAGUAUGCUAUAUGAAAGGAUUGGGAGGACUGAAAAAGGAUAUGGAGGAGUCAAAGAAAUUAGUGUUGCGAGCGGCUAGAUUGGGUAAUGCCGAGGCGCAAGAAUUCGCGAGACAAAAUCAAUGGGAUUUGUUAGGAUAG